AUGUACCGUCAGAUUCAAAUACACUCUGAUGAUCGCACUUACCAGCAUAUUGUAUGGCGAAAUUCCCCUUCAGACGAGCUUCAAGACUAUGAACUCACAACAGUUACUUACGGAGUAUCCGCAUCACCAUACCAGGCCAUUCGAGUCCUCCACCAAUUGGAACACGACGACGGCCACAAAUUCCCAUUAGCUCGUAAGAUAUUGUCCACCCAAACAUAUGUUGACGACAUUGUGUCCGGUGAUGAUACGGUGUCUGCGAUGCUGCAACGUCAAGCGGACCUCGUCCAGCUUCUGAUGCAGGCGGGUUUCGAGUUGAAGAAAUGGUCGUCAAACAGUCGUGAGGUCCUACGUCAUAUUCCACAAGGCGACCACGCAGUUCAACCGUCGUUUGAUCCCAAGGACGACAUGUCCGUCAAAAUAUUGGGACUUCAUUGGGAUCCCGUAACCGAUACUUUUAGCUACCAUACUUCACCAGUACCAUUGACCGCGACGAAGCGGGUGGUGUUGUCAACAAUAGCAAAAUUGUACGACCCGGUGGGCGCGAUAGCCCCAAUCAUUUUUUGGGCAAAGUCGCUCAUGCAAACCAUCUGGCAGUCUGGUUUGGAUUGGGACGAUCCGCUACCACCGUCGUUGAUGACGUCUUGGGGGAAAUUCGCGUCUGAGCUACAUCUUGUUUGUGAAAUUAAGCUACCUCGACACAUAGUGGUUUCGACUCGACUUGUGACACAGUUACUUGGGUUCUGUGAUGCAUCUGAGAGAGGAUACGCAGCAGUGGUGUAUCUUCGCACGAUUGAUGUCAAUGGAGACAUAAAGGUAUAUUUUAUCACAUCAAAAUCCAAGGUAGCACCACUUAAACUGGGGAGCCUCGAUCGAUCUCUGACGAUACCACGCCUGGAGCUAUGCGGUGCCUUGCUGUUAGCUCAGACGAUACAGCGGCUUUGCGACACGUUUGAAAGUGCUAUCUCUAUUUCAGCAAUUUAUACCUGGACUGACUCCCAGGUUUUACGAAUUCUCGCCCGUUAA